AUGGCUACACCGUCGACGAAAGUGAUUGCAGCGGAGCAGACAGAGAUUGAGAGAGUUGACUACCGAGGCACCGCCACCAGUUCAUCACUUUCAGUAAUUCACGAGGACAUUCUCCGGACACACAUCCUGAACAGACUCGACGGCGUCUCCUUCCUCUCCACCGCUUGCGCCUCCACCGAGCUCAGCUCGCUCGCUUCGCAGGACAAUUUGUGGAGGAACGUCUGUAGGUCAACGUGGCCGUCCACCGAUCUCCCCCGCCUCCAGGAACUGAUCUCCGCAUUCCCCGGCGGGCACUGCUCCUUCUUCUCCGCCUCGUUUCCUCUGCUGGCCGCCAAUAUGGAGCCCCACGCCAAGCCGCCGGCCCAUUCUCAAGCCGAGCCGGAGACAUUCACGGAGGAGCUGAUCUCCGCCGUGGACAUCUACCACCGCGGGGAGCUGAUUUUCAGCAGGGCCGUGGAGACGGAGACGGCGAGCAGCUGGUUCCGCUGCUCGCCCUUUCGGGUCGACCUGCUGGACACGAAGGACACGUGUCCGACCCGGAUACCGCGCCCCGAGACGGAGGGCGCGUGUGGGGAGCUGGAGGAGGAGCUGACGCUGAGCUGGGUCCUGAUCGACCCGGCGGGUCGCUGGGCGGUGAACGUGUCGAGCCACAGGCCCGUAUCGGUACAGAGGCACUGGCUGAGCGGUGAGGUUCACGCGCGGUUCGCGUUGGUGGUGGCGGGGGAGAGGGGAACGGCGUCGGAGUUGGUCCAGUGCGGGAUCGUGGUCACGUGCGGGGGCGGCAUCCAGGAAGGGGCGAUGCACGUGCGGGAAGUGAGCCUGCAGAUGGAGAACCUGGACAGAAUGUACAUGAGCGGGAAGGACAGUUUGGGGAUUUUGGGGAGGGCGUUUGGUGGGUCCAGAAAUGGAAUGAAACGGGAAAGAGGAGGAAGGGGGAGGCACGAGGAGUUCGUGGCGUUGAAACGACGACGUAGGGAGAGGAAGCUGAGAGCCGAAGGGGCGAUGGAUACGUUGUGCGUGGCUUCUACCGUCUUCAUCUUUGCUUCUCUUGUCCUGCUUCUCAUGUGGAGACGAUGA